AUGAGCAACCACAACCACACUAGGAACGGCAAUCGAAGAAGCCAUACAAAGUCUCGCACGGGCUGUUUGACAUGCAAGCGCCGUCACAUCCGUUGCGAUGAAAGUUAUCCCCAAUGUCAAAACUGCACCAAGCACAAGGUCAAAUGUGCAUUCCACGACGUGCCAUCGCAAGAAGAAACACUACUCCAAACAUCACCGACCGGUAGCAAAGUGCAAUCUUCCUCAACGACCAAAUCUCGUCGACCCUGGUCGGCAAAGGCUAGGGCAGAGGUGAGGCAGUGGAGAAGAACAGGAUCCAUGCCAAUACCGGAUGCGCGCAUCAGAAUAACCCUGCAACCGACCAUCUACUCCGAAGAUGAUCUGUGCUUUGUCUACCAGGCUGCAAGUAACCAACACAGACUUACGGCAAUGGGACUUAGCAAGCUUACAAUUAUAUCCUCCUACUUGCCGAGCUUCUUUCGCAUUAUUACGACAUCUCGAUUAGCCAUGAAUGGAGUCCUCGCUCUCUCCGCAUACCAAGUCGCAUCGGUUACACAUUGCCAACACGCCCGGCGAAAAGAAUACCAAUACCAGAUGCUUGCGAUACAAGAUCUGAGGGAAUGUCUGGCGAAUUUUAGCCCUGAGCAUGCGGAUGGGGCGCUUGUUGCUUCGAUGGCGCUGUUAUGGCUCUGCGAGGAUAUGUCGAGCCGCAGUCAAAUAUCGGAAGGAAUAACGGCUAUACUGGAAACCUGUCACCGACUGGGACACAGCUCGAGCUUCUACCUGAUGCUUGCUAAAGCUUGGCGUCCAGCUUCCGACCGUUGUGCAACUCCCAACUCCGAAUACGAUACGUCUGUGGUCUUACAGGACCUCAUUGCCGAGAUGCACAAGUUUAAGAAUUAUCUGAAGGAGCAGGAGCCCGAGGACGACAGCUGGAAAAAGUUGCGACCGCUUAUUUCCCUAGCUCAAGAUCUGGACAAGCUUGGUCCGUUGACGCCCCCUGAUAAGCAGUUUGAGCGUGUCAGGCUGCUGCGUGACUACAAGCUGUGGCUUCCUCUCAACGAUCUAUUGUCCGGGAAGAACCUUUCAAGCACGUUGAUGAUCAACGGUUACUUGUACGCGCUGGCACUGUACGCCCAGCGGCAUACAUCGCAAGCUUAUAUGAUUGACUCGAUGGUGGAUUUGGAAGAGUUACUGCUGGACACAUUACGGCAUGUGAACCCCAGCGACUCCUCGGACUCGAAAUCCCUCCGCGUUGAGAAAGUCGUUCUGGACGACGUUCCCACGCUCACUGAAGUAUGGUUUGCUGCCUUCACUGAUCCGGGCAUACGACGCAUAUGGCCUGAUACACCGGCCGUCCGCAAUUGGUGGACCGAGGCUAACAGGUACGACCUCCUGCACAAGCCGUUUCAACACUAUAUAAAAGUGAUCGACCCGCAAACCCAAGACGCUCGGGGACGACCUCGAAUAGCCGCUUUUGCCAAGUGGGAUACGGAGAUGCCAGAGGGGCGGGGGUGUCGAUACCCGCCGUGGACGGACGACCAGCCUAGCCAAAUCUGUGACGAAUUUAUCGCCAAGGAGGAAAAUGAGAGGCUGCGAGUCAUGGGCGACCAGAAACAUUACUGUGAGUGGCUAUGCAACAACCAACCAAAAGCUCUGAUCGAGACUGACUUGCGGUCAGACCUCGACACUCUGGUAACGCACCCGGACUAUCAACGUCGCGGUGCCGGGUCAAUGCUUAUGAAAUGGGGCUGCGAUCUGGCCGAUGAGGAUGGGGUUGCAGCGUAUGUGGAUGCUAGUAAGUCGGGGGCGGCCUUGUAUGAGCGUUUCGGAUUUGUGGAUGAGAGUCUACCUGGUUCUGGAGAUGUAGCCUCUAUGGCGAGACGAUGA